AUGGCUGAAUCGAUCAUCUCUCGGAACCAGGGUAUCCUGGAAAGCCAAACCGAUUCGUCGGCCCUUCUGCAAGCCGGAUUCAUUCAAAAGACGUUCCGCCAAAUCCUCUCCACCUAUGCAAACACCACUCUAGUACCAACGCUCAACACUUACAUAAUUAAAAGCGUCGACUCCAUAGUUCCUGUCGUCUCCAAUGCAACACGCGACACGACCUAUCCAUUAGAUCGUUUAAGUAGCGGAAACGGCUUACUGCGGCUAUGGCGGGAAACCGGAGAAGAAAAGUACAAAACAGCAGUUGAAGCAUUGAGGAAGAGCGUGGACUUGCAGCCAAGAAAUACUCAAGGCGGGUUAUGGUAUUACGUCUAUCCAUACUGGAGCUAUCUGGAUGGCAUGUUCAGUCUGACACCUUUCCUCACUGCAUACACCAAUGAUCUCAACAACCACUCUGCAAACGAGAGUGUCCUGGAGGAUGUAGUCCUCCAACUUGACCUCCUAUGGCAGCACUGCUACUCCGACGAAACCGGCUUACUAGUCCACGGCUACGACGCUUCUCGUACCGCAGUAUGGGCCAACAACAUCACAGGCGCGAGUCCGCAUGUAUGGGGACGCAGUCUAGGAUGGUAUUGUAUGGCACUCGUCGAUACACUUGAACUGCUGCCCCCAACUGCCCGUGAGACACGACGGUACGUUGAAACGCGGUUCCAGCAACUCAUGCCUGCCGUCGUAGCAGCGGCAGAUGCAAAGACUGGGGCCUGGUGGCAGGUCAUGGAUCGGCCUGGUCAAGAGGGAAAUUACUUGGAGAGUAGUGCGAGCAGCAUGUUUGUGUACGCUUUGCUCAAAGGGGUGAGGAUGGGGCUACUGCCUACGCACGCCGUGUCGAAUGGUACUGUGUCCUACAAUGCCGGGCAGAGUGCAUUUGUGGAUGUGGCCAAGAGGGCGUAUGGAUACAUUGCUGAUACCUUUGUUGUACACAAUAACAACGGAACCUUGGGAUGGAACGGCACGGUUGGGGUGUGUAGUUUGAACUCUACGGCUAGCUAUGAGAAGAGAAAUGGCACGCCGGGCAAGAAGAUGGGCGCGACGGACAAACAAGCUGCCAUGGACGGCAAGGACUUUGCCAAGGCCAUUGGCAUCAACAAGCCUGCCAACGUGCGCGACAAGAUAAAGCGCUGGCAGCAGGAGGUCGACCCCGAAGUUGCGAGCAAAGAAGACGCCGGCGCAUCCGCUCCAGAGACCUCCACCAAGCUUGCCGCCUCGCCCAAGCCGUCCAUCACGCCCAAGUCAAAACCCCUCGACGACAAGCCCAAUUGGAAACCCGUACACGAGCGAGGAAAGUCGGUCGGCGCCAGUCCAGAGCGUCCAAGCAGCGCAAAGAAAACACCAGUCCCGCACAAUGAACUGGACGAGGAUUUGCUCACAGCAACAGCGCCUAAGAAGCGCGUCAUCAGCGAUUCACACUGGCGUGCCAAACAGUCACCACCAAAAGAUGCCGCUGGUCGCCCACUGCCAAAGACGAUCCCGAAUGCCUGGGUGCGCCCCUCACGCAUCAUUCCCAAGAAGCCUCCAAGCCCUGAGCUUAAGCCAUUGGCUCCCGUCACGCCCCAGUCGAAUCCUCUUUUGCCCUUUGCUGAAUAUAUAGGCAAGAGCACAGGACAGAAGAAAGCCCCACCGAAGCUCCGCAGACCGUCGAAACCGUCGAGCUCAGAGAACGAUCAGCGCCCGGCAAGUAGCGGGGCAGGAAGUGGGAAGGACGCGAAGAGUGACGGGGCGCCCUCAGGUUCCAUCUCGCCACAAGCCGAGAAGGAGAAGACAGAGAUGGUGAGAGUGAGACGUAGCAGACGGCGCGCGCGAACAUCACCACGGGCAUCUUUGUCGGCAGAGGAUCUCAUGCCCUUCACACCGUGGACACGAGGGACAGGACGGAGAUCCGGCUCAGUGCAAAGCGAUGAUCCCCGCAAUGUUGUCACAGUCGAAUACGCAGAGAGCUCAGCCCCGUCCAUCAGCGAGAGUCGAAUCACUUCGCCACGAGACGAUGAACUGCGAGAGAGGCGGCGCCGGCGUCGACCGAGAAGCAAUGGCGCUCGCACAGAAGACGAGAGCACCAAACCCAUACCAAAGCCCUCACGGAAGAAGAGUCGCAGGUCAUAUCCGAGGACCCAAGAAGAGGCUGCUACACCAUUGAUCGUCCCAGCAGCCCAAGAGACGACCACUCCCACGAAGCCAUCAGGAAGCCGCUUAGAAGCCUGGCUCAGCAGCACGCCCGAUCCCCUGGCAGGGUCCAAGCCACGACGCAGACGCAAGUCCAAAGAGUCUGUGUCAAGUCCAGAAUCCGCUUCCAAGGCCAGCAGAUCAGAGGUCACAGCGUCCACCGACGUAACACAAGAAAUCCCAGUCAAGAAGACGCGCUCGCGCCGCAGACGGAAGUCCAAGGAGUCCGUAUCUUCUCUUGACCUACCCGCUACGGUCGAGGCAUCAGAGGUCACUACCUCCACCAGGACAACACAAGACGAGCCUACCAAAACGUCACCACGAAGGCGACAGUCAAAAGAAUCGGGCACAUCUCUCGACAUACCUUACAAGGCCGAGCAAUCAGACGUCAGUGCAUCCACCGAAACGACGCGGGAUGAGCCCGUCGAGAAGCUCCGCCGUCGCAGCAGUGGUAGCGGUAGCAGAAGGCGAAGGAGACGAUCGAGCCGGGAGAUGACCAUCAACACCCAGAAUCUCGAUGAGGCCCCGUCUACCGUCGUCUCAGAUACCACGACCGAGACAACGACCCAGGACCAGGAAAGUGAGGUAUCUGUCACCCCAACACCCUCACUCAAACGCCGUGGCGCAAAGCGCGGCCAAUAUUCUCCUACCAAGGGCCGCUCUAUGUCCUCCCCUCUCCGCGAGUCUACGUCGAUUGAUGACAUACCCAAGGAGGAUGUCACUGACCUAGACGCUGCUUCCUCUGCGCCUUCUUCAUCUGUCGAUGCACCAGUACCUGAUGCCAUGCCCAUGCCUUUGCGACCACGAAACAUUCUGGGGCCGCGUAUGUUCCCUUCCACUGGCAAGCGCCUUUCAACUAUCGCUUCGUCGCGGUCAGCCCACUCAUCGCAAGUGCCAGCUUCUGAUACCAUCACGACCAUUUCUGAAGAAGCAAGCACCGUCCCUGGAGCACCUACAUCAGAUGUAGGCUCGUACUUGAACCCGGAAACCUCGACCAUCAUUAGUCGCCAGAGCACCCGGCGGAGGAAGCUUGCCAGCCAUGCGGAUCUCAUAUCAGUGCUUUCCAUGCCCAAGGCAAGCUCGAAGUCGAAGAGCAUCGUUUCUGCCCGGAGUAUCCGUACCAAUAGAAGUCGCUUGGCCACUGCCACCAUCGACGACAUCAUGAAGGAGCUCUCCUCCGAUGAAGAAAAAUAUAUGCGUGAGCUCCGCACCCUGGUCGAUGGUGUUAUUCCUGUGCUUCUCAGCUGCGUCCUUUCCAAGUCCGAGUCCGCUAUCGCUGCUGGUCUGUUCUCUCGCUCCUCCAAAUCAGACCCAAGUGAAGUGACCAAGCCGAUCGUCGACAUGGGCGUCUGUUUAGAGCGACUUAAGAACCUGCACAAGCGCGUCCCCAAGGAAGACUCCGAUGCGCUUAUUUCAUGGGCUCAGAGUGCACAACGGGUGUACUCUGACUACAUCGCCGCAUGGCGCCUCGGCUUCCAAGACGUUGUAAUUAGCCUUGCGCCAGCAGACGACGAUCCCUUCAAGCCCGCAAAGGUAGUCAACGGGCCAGACGACGGCGCGCCAUGGGACGAAGGCAUGCCGCGGAACGCUGAAGGAUAUGUAGUCAACAGCGAUGGCGAGCGUGUCGACGUCGCCUAUAUGCUUAAGCGCCCACUCGUGCGACUGAAGUAUCUGUCGAAGAGUUUGAAGGGCAUCAACCACUUGAAACCGUCUGAGCGCGUAGAGCAAAUCUCGAAGAUUUUUCAAGAUUUAGUUACGACAGCACGCAAGCGGUCGAACGACGAACAAGCCCGCCUCGAAGACGAGGCUGCGGCUAGCGUUGAUCCCACUCGCGCCCGCGAUCCCCGAAGCCUCGCCCCUCUUGCGGGCGUCCGGGUUGAUCCUACACGCUGCGUCCGAGCCAGAGACCAUUUCGACCUACAUCUCUUCCAUUCGAGUGGUCAAGAGAUGAGUUGUCGCGUUGAGAUCUUACUCCGCGACAACGCACCAGGUACGGGUGUCGGAGGCGAUCUGCUGUUCUGUGAAGUCGACUCUACAGGACGGUGGUUGCUCCUCCCACCUGUUCAGCUUGGUAACGCAUCUGCACGGAAUGGCGAUCUGCAAGGCGAAAUAAUCGUCAUGAUCCGUGGGAAACAAACUGAUGGAUCAGAAUGGAGUGAAGUCAUGUCCUUGAUAUCCGACGAUGAACAGGCUGGCUUCGAAUGGGUACAAAUGCUUGGUCUCAACCCCAUCCCACCCCAAAUCGAUGAAGUCAGGAAGAAUCAGACUACAUCCAACAACACACAGAGGCCGACCAGCAGCCAUGGAUCCUCUUCUUUGCUUUCAGCCAUGACUCAAUCUACACUUCCACAGAAAAGCAGGACACCAAGCCCACACGAGAUUGACAUUCCUAUCGGCGAGCAACAUACUGAAGUAUCAAAAGUAUGGCACUACGACACCCCCGAUAGGCGCAACCAGUCCCGUACCAUCUCGCCUAUAACCCCACCCAGUGGUGAUGGCUCUUUGAACAGCAGGGCACAUGACUCAGAGCCCCACACACCCGUUGAAGCCAUGCAUACGGCCUAUCAACUCCUCAAUGAUCCCGACCGGACGCCUCGCGGUCUUGAUGAGGCGGUGCGUGCGGAAGGCACCGGUUCACCUUCAAGCUUGAAGCGAACGAGGGCUAAGAGGCUAUCCAAGAACCCUACUCUUUCCCCACACUCAGCACGGCCGUCCCGCCAGAUUACGCUCGAGGAUCCGGCUGAGCCAGAGAAGACUAAGUCGCCAGCACAAGAGGCUAAGCCACGCCGAAAAUCUACUAAGAAGCGCCCUCAAAAGAGCUACAGUGUCUGGAUGCCAUCCUCUCAAGUAGACGAUUCCGACGAGUCUGAGGAAUCUUACAGUUCUGAAGAAGACAGGAAUACUAUCGUGGACUCCGAAAUUUCACCACCUGGCUCGCCUCCCUCUCCACAGCGUCCACAAGCACACAGGCGAGUCUCCUCCGUUCCCUCACUGGAAUUACCGAGCAUCCCAAGACAAAGGAAGUCAAGCCGACCUUCAACACCAACACAGGAUCCAGAGGAUGAAGAUGACCAUAUUCGAGAAACCUCAGCCUCUGCGCCACCGAAGCUACACGGAAAGAGCCACGAUAUAAUUGUCCAAGAUAUUGUGGAACCCAAAGCAGAGGUUGAGGAGCCACCGCCAACACCGCCGCAUCGAUCCUCUAGUCCAGCAACCCCUGUGACCCUCAAGGGAACCAAAACGCCUGUUUUCAUCCCGACGCUACCCGGUUUUAAGAACAAACGGCGAUCAUCGUCACCCUUGAAGCACGAGUAUGAACCUUCUACCUGCACGGAGGAGUCUAGCGAGAGCGAGGAAGAAUCCCCCUCUGAAGAUGAGGUGGACGAAGAAGACGAAGAGAGCCUCACUUCGGAGUCAUCAGAAGAUGAACUUGAUGACGACGUCCCCAUGCCACUCAUGCCAAUCGGAUACCUUGGGCCACGCGGGUACCCUGGCCGUACUUACACCACUGGCAGAGAAGCCAGCCGUCCUACCCCAGUAGAGAAAGUAGAGAAGGCCGAGAAGGUAGAGGAUGAGACUAGAAAGUUCCCCAAAGUCUCACCUCCCGCAUCAAUAUAUACUCUCCCCAACGGCACUAUCACCCCAUCACAAUCCGCGUCGAACACACCAUACAGAGCUGUUCCGCAGGGUUCCGGCAAAGCUUCAAAGACCAUCGCAUCCAUCUUCGCUUGGUCUGAUGCUGGCCGAUGGGACAGUCUGCAUCCAGACGAAUGUAGUAUCGUCGUCACGCCAGGCAAGAUCGAGGUCUUCGAGCUCUCAAUCAACCACUCCAAGCCUUUCCUGGCCGACGGUGACGAGAUCAUCACCCCCGGAGGAGGUGCUCCCCUUAUUGCGGUUGAGCUUACCCCUCUGGUGCCGUUGCGCAAAUCAACGGCCAUUGAUAUCUCCAUUCGGUCCCCACCUACCGCGGAGUCGCGCAUCAAAGCUGGCAACAAUAUUAUGUUGAGAAGUCGCAAUGCAGCAGAGUGCGCGCAAUUAUACGCCAUGAUCAACCAAUCCCGCAUAAACAACCCCACCUACAUCGCUCUUCAAAACGCUCGCGGCCCUUACGGACAAUCGAGUUGGGCCGAGGCGAUGGACCGCCAGAAUGCAGCUAGAACAAGUACUGAGUCUUCCGGUUGGCUUGGUGGCACACUAGGCAGGAGAAGCAGCUACCGCAAGUCAAGCACACGCGCUGCUUCUAUCUCCGCAGCGACUGAAUCCUCUGUUGGCACUAUGAACUCCGCCCUCCGCUCGGCAUUGGGUCGCUUUUCAUUCGGCAAGAGCGGUGUCUUUAGCAUCCGCAACUCGACACUCGGAUCUCGUAGUACUGGUUCCUCGUUCGAUAAUGGCUCUAACUCCCGACCUGGCUCUGGCGCAACUACACCCACCGGCGAUGGGGCACGAGCGCCUGGUGCACCAGCUGGAAUUACAAACACCAAGUGCAGGCUUUACGAACGAGAGUCACUUAAGAAAUGGCGCGAUAUGGGUAGCGCACGGCUAACAAUCAUGCUGCCCUCACCCAACCCGAGCGAGCCAUCCUCACCUAUCAAUCCACGACAGCGCGCGCCCGGUACAAGAGAUCACACACAGGAGCGACGCAUUCUACUCACUGGCAAGAAACAUGGCGAGAUACUGCUUGACGUCACAUUGUCCGAGACAUGCUUCGAGCGUGUCGCACGCAGUGGUAUCGCUGUCAGCGUAUGGGAGGACCACCUGAACGAAGAUGGUCAGGUUGGCGGAGUAGGCAAGACUGGUGGCGUCUUGGGAGCAAGAGCGAGGGUCUUCAUGGUGCAAAUGAAAAGCGAGAGGGAGUGCGCAUACUGCUUCAGUCUUCUGGGUAAGCUGAGGUAUUAA